AUGGCGGCCCCGCUGGUCAAAGUCUUGCGCCGCUUGCAGGAACUCUUCCAGAACGUGGUGUCCGCGCUCGAAAGCAUGAUCCUCUUCCCCUCCUUCUUCCGCGACUUCUCGCGCCGUCGUCGGAAGCCGUUCCUCGGCGCGCACUGGCGCCGCCGCACGCUCGAUGAUUUCGCCGAUGAGAUCGAUACCCUUUUCACGACCCCACUGUCCACCGAUAAGAUGAUCAAUAUGUCCGAGAAGAUCCGCGCUCAGUUCCGGGAUUGCCUGCAGAACAGCCCGUGCUGCAUGCUCCCGUCCUACACCCAUGCGCUGCCCACCGGGGCCGAGAAGGGAACAUACUUGGCGUUGGACGUGGGUGGAUCAACUUUCCGGGUUGCGCUAAUUGAGCUAUAUGGCCGUGGGCAGGAGAUGCGCAUUGUCAAGGUCAACUCGUCGUAUAUCGAUGAAAGUGUGAAAUUGCUGGAGGGACGGAUAUUCUUCGAUUGGAUGGCCGCGCAGGUUAAUACCGUGCUGAAGGAGGUGGGCGCGAACUAUGGCCGUGGAGAGACGCCACUGCCGAUCGGAUUGUCCUGGUCGUUCCCCAUUGACCAGACCUCCGUCAGCUCGGGGCUGGUCAUUCAAAUGGGCAAGGGCUUCCGCUGCUCGGAUGGAACAACGGGCCAGGACUUGGGACAGCUGCUGAUUGAUUCCUGCCGCAAGCACGAUUUGAAUGUGGAGAUGGCCGCCAUUGUGAACGAUAGCUCUGCCGCUCUGCUCUCGCGCGCCUACGUCGACCCCAAGACCCGCAUGUCCCUCAUCCUGGGCACGGGCACAAACAUGGCGAUCCACUUCCCUGUCCACGAGAUCGGCAAGAGCAAGUUCGGAGUCCGACCCGACGGAUGGUUCGACUAUGCCAAGCACGUUAUUGUCAACAGCGAGAUGAGCAUGUUCGGUGGAGGCGUUCUCCCCAUGACCCGUUGGGACGACAUCCUGAACCGUACCCACCUGCGCCCUGACUAUCAACCCUUGGAAUACAUGAUCACCGGCCGAUACUUGGGGGAAAUUGUCCGUCUUAUCAUUGUCGAAGCCGUCGAAACCGCCGGACUGUUCAAGGGUGAACUCCCCCACUCAAUGCGCGAGCCCUACUCCUUCGACACCAGCAUCGUCGCCUUCCUCGAAGAAGACACAUCCAGCUCAAUGACCGCCUCCGCAUCCCUCCUUCAAAAGCAACACACCUUCCCCAAUUAUCCGUCAGCCGAGGAACUGCGCUUCCUCCGACGCGUCUGCCAAUUCGUCUCGCGCCGCUCAGCCGGCUACCUCGCAACCGCCAUCCACAGCAUGUGGUGUCUCAGCAACGAAGUCGAGAACCCCACCACCACCACCACCACCACCACCGAUCCCCUGGUCAAGGAAUCCCCCGAAAUCACCGUCGUCGAAAGCGAGGAUUCAGACAAGAACCUCUCCAUCGCCUGCGACGGUACCGUCAUCAACAAGUACCCCGGCUUCCGCGACACGUGCCAGAGCUACCUCGACCAACUCGCCCAACAAUCCCACCCUUCCUCCAUCUCCCCCAUUCGCCUCGACCCCGCGCCCGAGAGCGCCAUUCUCGGUGCAGCAGUCGCAGUCGCCGUGGCCGUUGCUGAAAAGAACGAGCAGCGUUAA